AUGGAAAAGCAUUAUAGAAUUGUAAAGUUGAUAACUUUCAUUAUCAACAAUAACGUCACCGGUGAUUUACUCAAUAAUGUACAACUCUCAUCUUCGUUUCCUUAUGCUGAACGUUAUCUUGCUGCUGCACAUGCGUCAGUAGCUCCCGUUUCUUCAUGUGCCCCGGUAGCUCCACUUGCUCCAGUUGCUCACUUUACCCCAGUCGUUGCUCAACAAAUACCACUCUCUCAAUAUCUAUCAACUGACAAUGAUACACCAUCCUCAACAGUUUAG